CAUCAGUGUUUGGCUGGUAGGGGAGUUGGAGAACAAGCUCGCCAAAGAUAUCGUGGUGUGCGCUGGUAGCUGGUAGUACUGCCGACAGCCUGCGUUUGAUCGGAUCUGGAGUGCGACCAGUGUGAGUGCCCGAGUUUUUAAAGUGCCAUUUGGUUGUUCGAUCUGAGUGCGACCAAUACGCCGAUUUCAGUGGAUUUACUGAAUGUGCCUUUUGGUGUAGCUGAGUUUCUUUCUUAGUUUCUAGGGGGUUCAGCGAUGGGCGAAAAGGUUGAACCCGUUGUUCCAGGACCGGAUUUGGUCGGGGUUAGUGUUGAAAAACCAUCGCCACUGAACCAUCAACAAUCUACGAUAUGGAGUAAAAGGAAACAGGCUGUUUGUGUUCGGCAUGCUUACAAGCACUAUGGAUCGAAGAAAAAACCAAACCAUGUCCUCAGUAAUCUAAAUAUGACAGUUGCUAAAGGAACAAUAUAUGGUCUUCUGGGGGCAUCUGGAUGUGGAAAAACAACCCUUUUAUCCUGCAUAGUGGGCAGAAGAAGACUGAACUCAGGGGAGAUCUGGGUGCUUGGCGGAAAGCCAGGAACCAAAGGUUCCGGAGUACCCGGUAAGAGGGUAGGGUACAUGCCUCAGGAGAUCGCCCUGUAUGGCGAGUUUUCCAUACAGGAGACCAUGAUGUAUUUCGGGUGGAUCUUCGGCAUGCUGUCUCCGGAAAUCGAACAGAGGUUGGAAUUUUUGCUCAACUUCCUGGAUUUACCGAGCAAGAAUAGGCUGGUGAAGAAUCUUAGCGGUGGUCAACAGAGAAGGGUAUCUUUCGCUGUGGCUUUGAUGCACGAUCCUGAACUUUUGAUCCUGGACGAACCCACUGUAGGUGUAGAUCCUUUGCUGCGUCAAAGUAUUUGGAACCACCUCGUUCAAAUCACCAAGGAUGGAAAUAAGACUGUGAUUAUCACCACUCAUUAUAUCGAGGAAGCUAGACAAGCACACACAAUUGGGCUGAUGAGAAGUGGUAAGCUAUUGGCUGAAGAAUCUCCACAUGUUCUCCUAUCCAUGUAUGGCUGCCAAUCCCUGGAAGAGGUGUUCUUGUUGCUGUCAAGAGCGCAGGGUCAGAUAGGGGGAGCUCAGGUACAGCCAGAUGCCAACAUAAGCAACAACAUCAGUUUGGCUUCUCUGAAUUGGAAUAAAAAAGACGCUAUAUCGGUGACGGAGGAGAGUGGAGUUGUUGGUUUGAACUUCCACCAGAGCAAGGAAGUCUUAAUACAUGACGGAACGAAUGGUCAUAUCGAUAUAGGAAAAGAUUCCUCUGGUAAGGGUGGUAUUUCCGAUUCUUGCGAAGAAUGUGCAAGCUGUUCAGACUGGACAACCAGCGGCAAAAUAAAGGCACUCUUACAGAAAAACUUCCUCCGGAUGUGGAGAAACGUCGGUAUUAUGCUCUUCAUCUUCGCCCUACCUGUGAUGCAAGUCAUCCUCUUCUGUCUGGCCAUCGGGAGAGAUCCUCAAGGCUUGAAACUUGCUAUCGUGAACCACGAGAAGAACUACACCAACAUGACUUACCAAGAAUGCGACUUCCCUUACGGUUGUAAAUUUACGAAUCUAAGCUGUCGAUAUCUGCACAAUCUGAAGAAUUCAACGAUAGAUAAAACGUAUUAUCCGGAUCCGGAGUCAGCUGUGGAGGCCGUUAGGAAGGGUGAAGCUUGGGGGGCCCUGUAUUUCACCGAGAACUUCACCGACGCUCUGGUGGCCCGGAUGGCUCUUGGUAAAGAUUCCGACGCAGAAACCUUGGAUCAGAGUGAAGUGAGGGUCUGGCUUGACAUGUCCAAUCAACAAAUCGGGGUGAUUCUCCAGAGGGAUCUGCAGCUGUCGUAUCAGGACUUCGCGAAGGACCUUCUGGGAUCUUGUGAACAGAAUCCAGAUCUAGCGGAGAUACCGAUAUCCUUCCAGGAACCGAUUUAUGGGACUAAAACUCCUUCUUUCACAGAUUUCGUUGCUCCUGGUGUUAUUCUUACGAUCGUUUUCUUCUUGGCAGUCGCUCUAACUUCGUCUGCUCUGAUUAUUGAGAGGAUGGAAGGACUUUUGGAUCGUUCCUGGGUUGCUGGUGUUUCCCCCGGAGAAAUCCUCUUCUCUCACGUGGUGACUCAGUUCGUGGUGAUGUGUGGACAAACAGCCUUGGUGUUGAGUUUCAUGAUCCUGGUAUUCGGUGUACAGUGCAAGGGUGAUAUUUACUGGGUCGUCCUACUCACCAUUCUGCAAGGGCUUUGCGGUAUGUGCUUCGGUUUCGUCAUUUCGGCCAUAUGUGAGCUGGAAAGAAACGCCAUACAGCUUGCCCUGGGUAGUUUCUAUCCUACCCUUCUUCUCUCCGGUGUUAUUUGGCCAAUAGAAGGCAUGCCCACCAUACUGAGAUACGUGUCAACGUUUCUUCCUUUGACUCUGGCCACAACAUCACUCAGGGCAAUGCUGACCAGAGGCUGGAGCAUGGUAGAACCGGACGUGUACUACGGCUUCGUCUCCACCAUCGUUUGGAUAGUGCUCUUCUUGACAAUAAGUUUAAUAGUGCUGAGAUUCAAACGCGGAUGAUGAAGAUGACGCAACUGGAGAGGAACAUAACUCAGUGAACUUAGUGCUCUUUGAACUCGUUCAGAACCUUCAUGUUUUUAAAACAUGAUUAUUUAUUUGCCGAAGAACCCUUCAAUUCGAAGCGAAUGAAUUUUGUUGGACCGAAAGAGGUUUUUAGUCAUAAUUUAUACCGGAAACUAACCUUUACUUGCCUCCAAAUGAUGAUGACUUUCAGAUACACUUCACUCGACAUUUUUUUAUACCAAAUGAAAUUCUGAUUGUUGCUCAAUUGAUUCUGUCUUGCGUUAGUAGAAGACUCUGUACAGUUCUUGGUCGCUCUGGGAAAAAGGAAAGCAAUAUCUACUCUACUGAAGUCUAUUGAAGUAUCUGCUGAAAUUCUGAUGAGAAAGUUCAGUGAAUAUUUCAAGGGCUUCGGAAUCGUAUGCUCAAAAGUUAAUUUUAUGACAAUUGUUAAUAGUUGGUAAUGUGAUGUUUUGUUUUAGUAUAGGAAAUUUGUAAAUUAA